CCCGCCCACCCCUCCCCUCCCACCACGUGUCCUCGCUCCCUCCCGAGGGGCCGCGCUGGGGCGGCGGGAGCGCUGGAGACGAUGGCUCGGUGAAUGCCGGGCCAAAGCCCUCGUCGCCCCUUGCGGCGACGCGGCCCGCUCGGCCGGGAAACACUGAAGUAGCUGACUCCAAACUCCGGGAAGAUCUUUGCAUGGGAAGUCCUGGAAAAUGGAGCUCACGAGAUGCACACUCACUACACGCCCAGCCGCUGCCCGCAGUCUUUUCCGGGAAACCUCUUUGUACCAGCCUGAGGAGGCUUCGAAUAGAGAGGAUUUGCGACCCAGAGGCGAGGAGAAGUCCUGCCAGGUUCGGGUUGGCCUCGGCUACCUAGGCACGCCCCUCUCUGGAUCUUGAACUUGGCUUUGGGAGGUCCUUUGAGGCAGGAAGACUGUUGAAGUGGCUUGUGGACAGCGCCUGUGAAUCUGGAAAAUCCAGAAAUGGAGUCCCGAGCCUACCCUCUAAAUUUGACCCUGAAAGAAGAGUACAAGGAAGAGAUUGAGGUCCAGGAACUGGAGGAUGGCCCCAUAGAUAUGCAGAAAGUCCAAAUCUGCUCAGAAGGCGCAUGGGUACCAGCCCUAUUUGAUGAGGUGGCCAUAUAUUUUUCGGAUGAGGAGUGGGAAGUUCUGACAGAGCAACAGAAAGCCCUCUACCGGGAAGUCAUGAGGAUGAAUUAUGAGACUGUCCUGUCCCUGGAAUUCCCAUUCCCCAAGCCAGAUAUGAUCAAUCGGUUGGAAAGGGAAGAGGCGUGUCCUGACUCUGAUGAGUGGCGGCUCCAGGGAGUAACCUUUGCAGAAAAUGAAGAAUCUGACUUUAGGACUCCAGAUUGGGCAAGUCCAGUGAAUGCCACCUCCCAUUUUCCUCAACCUCAGCACUUCAACAGCUUUGGCCUACAUCUGCCUCAGGACAUCACUGAACUGCCUGAGUGGAGCGAGGGCUAUCCCUUCUAUAUGGCCGUGGGCUUCCCCGGGUAUGACCUCUCAGCUGAUGACUUAUCGAGCAAGUUUCAGUUCAGUCGUGGCAUGCGCCGCAGUUAUGAUGCAGGGUUCAAGCUGAUGGUGGUGGAGUACGCUGAAAGCACCAACAACUGUCAGGCUGCCAAGCAGUUUGGGGUGUUGGAAAAAAAUGUUCGAGACUGGCGCAAAGUGAAGCCACAGCUCCAAAAUGCUCAUGCCAUGCGGCGGGCAUUCCGAGGUCCCAAGAAUGGAAGGUUUGCUCUGGUAGACCAGCGAGUGGCUGAGUAUGUCAGAUACAUGCAAGCCAAAGGGGACCCCAUCACUAGGGAGGCAAUGCAGUUGAAAGCUCUUGAAAUCGCCCAGGAAAUGAACAUUCCAGAGAAAGGGUUCAAGGCAAGUCUGGGCUGGUGUCGAAGAAUGAUGAGAAGGUAUGACCUAUCUCUGAGGCAUAAAGUGCCAGUUCCCCAGCACCUGGCUGAGGACCUGACUGAGAAGCUUGUCACGUACCAGCAGAGCGUGCUGGCUCUGCGCCGGACACAUGACUAUGAAGUGGCACAGAUGGGCAAUGCAGAUGAGACACCCAUCUGCUUAGAAGUCCCGUCUAGAGUGACUGUUGACAACCAGGGUGAAAAGCCCAUCUUGGUCAAGACACCAGGCAGGGAGAAAUUGAGGAUCACAGCCAUGCUGGGGGUCUUGGCUGAUGGGAGGAAGUUACCACCAUACAUCAUUUUGAGGGGAACAUACAUUCCCCCUGGGAAGUUUCCCAGUGGCAUGGAAAUUCGCUGCCACCGCUAUGGAUGGAUGACUGAGGACUUGAUGCAAGACUGGUUGGAAGUUGUAUGGAGACGGAGAACUGGAGCUGUGCCCAAACAGCGAGGGAUGCUGAUCCUGAAUGGCUUCCGGUGCCAUGCCACUGACUCUGUGAAGAGUUCCAUGGAGAGCAUGAACACAGACAUGGUGAUCAUCCCAGGGGCCCUGACCUCACAGCUGCAGGUGCUGGACGUGGUUGUCUACAAGCCACUGAAUGACAGUGUCCGGGCCCAGUAUUCCAACUGGCUUCUGGCUGGGAACCUGGCACUGAGCCCCACCGGAAAUGCUAAGAAGCCACCCCUGGGCCUCUUCCUGGAGUGGAUUAUGGUUGCAUGGAACAGCAUCUCAAGUGAAUCAAUUGUCCAGGGCUUCAGAAAAUGCCACAUCUCCAGCAACUUAGAAGAAGAAGGUGACGUCCUCUGGGAAAUCGAGGGCGAGUUGCCCAAAGAACCACCAAAAGAAUGUGGUCCUGAAAGUGUGGCUGAGGGUGACUGAGAGGACUCAGGUAACUGGCCAGGAAUAGAUCCUCCUCCGUCACCGAUGCCUCUGCUCGUGGCUAGCACAUACCUUUUUCUGGCCCUUAGUUUUUUCUUUUCACAUUCUCUUGAAAUAAGCCUGCCAUGUCACAGUGUAGACGGCAGGUCAUUAGCACUUUCUUCUACAGAAACCGAUUUAUAUUGUGUUUUGUGGCCUGGAUCCAGGAGUACUUUUAUAAUGGGUAAGAUGAAUAAGGAGCUAUCAGAACACUUCACAUGAGAGCAGUCCCACUGCAGAGUUACUUGGCCCUCUAGAACAUAGUUCAACAUUGUUUAGCUCACAAAAAGGUUGUCUGAAGAGACAACAUUCUUCUAAAAUGCUGAACUUUUAGGGCUCGGCUGUCUGCUCGCAUUACUAAACAUAGUUGCACCGCCUUUUGCAGGACCAUGGCGGCCCAGGGAGAAUGAAGUCAGCCUUUAGCAUGGUGACCUUUAGGCCUCAGCUCUGUCCUGGGGAAGAGUAUCAUCUCCAUACCCACCAAGGAGAUGAUAAUAUGUAUUGUUUGCUUUUGUCUAGGGAAUAUUGAGAGUUUAAAAACAUCAUCUUGGUCUCAUAGAACUUCAGAUAUGGAGUGGGCCAUUACAGUCAAUUCCUGUUGUCAGCAGGUAUCUGAAGGAAGAUGUUUUUAAAUUAAAACUUUGAAGGGCUGCAGAGCUGGCUUACCAGUUAUGAGCAUGCUGUUCUUGCAGAGUUUGGUUCCCAGCACCUGCAUCCUGCAGGUCAUAACACCUGUAGCUCCAGUUUCAGGAGUCCAGUGACCUCUCUUAGCCUCCUUUGACACCUGCAGUCACAUGCACACUUCCACACACAGAAAACACGGUAUUUGUGUGAUUAAAAGAAGCCUUGGGCUAGAGAGAUGGCUCAGCAGUUAGGAGUGCUUACCAUUCAUCCUUGCAGAACCAGUGUUUAGUUUCCAGCACCUAUGUAACAGCUUACAAUCAGCUAUAACUCUAGUUCCAGAGCAUCCAAUGCCCUCUUCUGGCCUCUGCCAGCUCCUGCACACAUACAGUGCAGGCUCACACAUAUACAGGUAAAAUUAAAUCUUUUUUACAAAAUGAAUCUGCACCAGAAAUAAUACAGUGAAUAAUGUUUGAGAGCCUACGGUCAUCAAGUGUAUGUACAGGGCACUGAGGGAGCUGUGCAGAAGAGGAGCAACUUCGGAAAAAAGCAGGUGAUCAGAGCACACCCUAGCAAAGGCCCACAGCCCCUGUACACACACUGUCAAACAGGAGAAGGAGCAGGGUAAGGGGCACAUGGAAGGCAGACAACUCACCCCAUUCUCAUUUUCCUUUUCAAUACAUCUAUGUACUUUGGCCAGCUCUUUAAUAGAAAACCUAAAAUUAAUAUACCUUUCCUUUAAAAAAGAAAAAGUCUAUUAGUUUACAUUUUACUUAUCCACCUUACCCCACCAUGCAAGUGAAAUGGUAAGAGAUAUCCACACGCCCCUUGAGCUAUCUAGGCACAGGCUCCUUAAAGGCAUACACCACCUUCCUGUCCUCAGACCCUAGACACUGAGCCCUAGGCUUCGGGAGAGUUCUCCACAUGGCCCUGCUCUAAGACCAUGGGUUCAGGCUCCCUUUCUGCUGACCACUGCUCCCCCCCCCCCCCCCCCCCCCCGUUUCACAGCCAACUUUUAAGUUAGAGUUGUUUUAUCCGUUCACAUUGCCUGAGCAAUUUACCACUCCAGGGACCUAGUCAAAAACUGCCUGAAGAGGAAAAGGCAGAAAACCAUGCUAAGCCCCUGCCGUGCACACGGGUACAUCCCACAUCAGCCGGGGCUUCUGUGCCUCCAGACGCUGCCAUCUCUGUACAGCCCCAGGGGGAAGGGAUGGAAAUAGGAACGAGAUUCAGAAGACACAGGCAUUCACCCAUCUCCUGUCAGAGAAUACUAUUUUGUUAAAAGACAUCCAGAAAUCCAGACUGAUUCAUUCCUACUUAGGUCCUCUCUGUUUUCCAGCACAUGGAACUGUGAUUGAAACAGUUGGGAGGAAAACUUUUAAGAAGAUGGCUACAGAGGGACCAAAAUGAGCAGUGAGGCUCUCUGAGCAUCCUAGGUCUGGACAGCAUGAACACCCCAUCAAGACAGUCCCAUCUACCACAUCCUGUCAGGUGUCAGCCGAGUCUAGCAACAACAUUAGAAAAGAAACUUUAUGCCCUGUUUCUUCCUUCAGAGCUGUCUCCAUCUGCCCAAUAUAGAAGCCUGUAAACCCAAAUGAGCUAAGGUCUUUUCUGGAGAACACCUUUUCAGCACUAAGAUGCACUCUCACCAUAGCUCUUUGUCCUUUCUGUGGAGAACACACCUCAAGUGAGUGUGUGCGUGCAUGUGUGUACCUUCACAGGUCAAGACUGCAGGAAAGCUUUGUAGAAACACCUCACACAUGUACCCCUGUUACGUCUCCUCACUGAGGGAAUGAGAUGUUAAUAACAAAGUGGGACACUGGCUCGGUGCAGAAGAAGGCUUCCCUGUAGGUAAACUAGGUGAGGAUGCAAGACAAAGACUUUAAGUGAUGUUACAGUUACCUUUCCAGUCUGGCAGCUAGACCUUCCCAGGGUCUUAUUUAAUGGCCCGACAUUUCCUGUUGUCCUCUUUGACGAGGCAACCCUUGGUGCACAAGCCUUUGCUUUUCAGGCUGCCUGCAGAAGUCUGUUCUCUCCCAUCUACACAGAACAAGGCCCACUGGCUUGUUUAGUUUCAUUAAUAUUUUUGUCAAAAGGGCAAUGGAGGGUUUAGGCCUUAAGCCACAGCUGCUUUUAGACUUGAGCCACACAAGAAUAGGUAUUCUACAGUACUAAUCUGCAUUCCCAUGUAAGUCGACUGCUAAGAAAAACAUUCCCUCAAAUCUAUACGUGCUACAAAAAUUCAACCAGAACCUCGUAGGCAAAGCCAUUGCUAGAUCUGUCAUUCCAGAUACUCAGUCUAGCCAGCAGGUUGCUGUGAUCACAUUUCCUUCCUCCACUCAGCUCCUGUGGGCUCUCUGCACUGGUCUCGGCAUCUUCCCCAGUUUCUACUCAGGUACUCAUGUCUGCCCUUCACUUGGCUCACUGUCUAACCAGACACUAACCUGACCAGUUUGUCCGAGCUCGAACACAUGACCAUGACUUCUAAGAACUCAAUGUACUGACGUUUGGUUUCUUAUUAGCUUUGUCUAUACUGUCUGUCAUCCCCAAGCGCCAUCUAAUUAAACCCCGUUCCUCUCCACACACUCAUCAGGUUUGGGGUUUAUUUUGUUUUCUUCCUUUGACUGGCAUGUUUCCAGACUUGUACUUUUCUUGCUUGAGACCUUAAGGAAUAUCAUAUUUGGGUUUCUACACAUGCCAGUUAAGAGUAGAAAAUGGGUUUAACCCUUUUCAUCCCAUACUAUCACUCAUCAGCUGAGAUGCCUUACAGGUUGCAUAGCACUGGAAGUUUCCUAGAGUAAUGGUUCUGCUGUCUGGGUCUUCUGGACACAUUCUUCCACUGACUUACGAUGAUCUAUGCCUAACAGAGCUCCAGUACAACUAUUGAGCAGAAUAUCUGUUUCCUAAGAAUUACCAUAGUUCACUGAGAUUGGUACUCCCUACUAGAUAGACACUGAUCUCAAUAAUAAACUUUGGUAAUAAAGACAAUCAGUCCUGGUGAUUUUA